AUCAACCUGACAGUCUUACAUUAACCACCGAUUCGCGAUGAUGCUUUCGCUUUAAACGUUUGUGUUUUUUAUUUUUAUUUUAACUGCCAAUGUUUGCGCUUAACUUGGCAAAAGUGGUUUAAUUUUAUUUUAAAUUCUUAAAGUUAUUGUUUGAAUAAAAAAAUACAAAUUUAAUACUGAUUAAUACAUUUUAAUAAAUAUAAUCAACAGAGUAAAUGUUAAUAAAUUAAAAUAGAUCUUUUUUCAAAAUUCCCAUAUUCACUAUAUAAACUAACCCUAAAGUCAAAAUGAAAGGAAGUAUAAACGAAGCCUUCGAUGAUGUAUCUCCUAUUGGAAUCAGGCUCUCCCCAUUAAACACAGACGAUCCUCAAAGUACUUCUUCAAUUACUCUUCAUGCAGACUCCCGAAUCGAAAAUGGAUGCAUACAUUCAUCAGAUUACCCUCAAAAAGACACGUUUAAGUACAAAAAAGAGCUGAAAAUAUGUCUGCAAUCCCUGAUUCAUAUAGCGGUUGGUUGUUACUUUGGAUAUGCAACGUAUUAUUACGCUGUUGUAGUUCAAAAUAGAAGUUACAAUGACGUUUCGUUGUAUCCGAACGAUACAAGAUGUUAUGUUCGUUGUGAUAUGCAUUUUUGCACCGGUUAUGGACUCCUGGUAUUAUUGGUGGGAUUUAUUUACGCUGGAUUAUUUUACUACUAUUUGCUGAAGCCAAAGAUUGGUCGAAAAAUACAUAUGACAGCACUAAAGCCCUUCGAGCAAUGGUGGCUUCAAUUCAGUCGAACAAAUUUGAUUUCAACAAUAAUGAUUUUGAUAGUAUUCAUAGUGCUUGCAGUGUAUCUUUACUUUGAGACUAGAAACAGCCCUGAAAAGUUGGUUGGCUUGAGUGCGCCGGUAUUCUUCAUAAUUGCCGGAUAUGUGUUCUCGACAUCUCGAAAGGACAUUCCCUGGCGAACGGUGAUAACAGGAAUCGUGUGUCAAUUUAUUUUGGGUUUAGUUUGUAUCCGCUGGGAUAUUGGAAGAAGUAUUUUUGAAUGUUUAGGAAACAAAGUUGCAACCUUUCUAAAGUAUUCUGAAGAAGGAAGUAGAUUCGUCUAUGGUGACAGAAUCGUCAAUGAAAGUGUUUUUGCAUUUGCAACGCUUCCCGUCAUCUUCUUCUUCAGUUUCUUUAUUUCAAUCCUAUACUAUCUGGGAACUAUGCAAUGGAUCGUCCUUAAGCUUGGAUGGCUUCUUCAGGAAAUUCUCGGGACAACAGUAUGUGAAAGUGUUACUUCGGCUGCGAAUAUAUUCCUGGGCAUGUCUGAGAGCCCUCUAUUGAUUCGACCUUACAUUAAACUUCUGACAGCUUCUGAAAUGCAUUCGAUAAUGGUUUCAGGAUUUGCCACAGUAUCGGGUACGGUAUUGGCUGCAUAUAUGUCAUUCGGAGCAUCUCCAGCGCAUUUGAUUACUUCAAGUGUAAUGGCUGCCCCGGCAACUUUGGCUAUUUCGAAACUGUACAUGCCUGAGACUGAAGAGAGUAAAACUAAAUCUAAUAACAUGCAGUUACAGAAAUCAGAAGAUUCAUCUUUACUGGAUGCUGCCUCUAAUGGCGCUGGACAAGCUAUUCCUAUAAUUAUGGGAAUUAUAGCUAACAUUGUGGCGUUUGUUUCAUUCGUUGCAUUUCUCAAUGGAGUCUUCAAUUGGUUUGGUUAUCUUGUGGGAUUGAAUGACAUUGAUUUCGAAUGGAUCUUUUCGAAGAUUUUUAUUCCACUAGCCUGGGCUAUGGGAGUACCAUGGAAGGAUUGUGAUAUCAUUGCCAAAGUUAUAGCAUCGAAAACAAUAAUCAACGAGUUCGUAGCGUAUGAGCGUUUGGGAGAGUACAUUGAUGCUGAAAAAAUCGAGCCACGCAGUGCGGGUAUAGCCACUUUUGCCAUUUGUGGAUUCGCUAAUCCAAGCUCUUUGGGUAUUUUAAUUGGAUCAUUGGGGGUUAUGGCACCAACAAGGCGAUCCUUGAUUACUUCUGUUGCACUGCGGGCAUUUAUCGUUGGAAGUAUUGUGUGCUUCAUUUCAGCCAGCUUCGCAGGACUUCUUAUACCAGAAGAAGAAACGGCUCGAGCAUAUGAGAAAUUUUUUGAAGCUAAGUCUCUAGCCAGAAAUCAUACGAUGAUUGCUGGAAUUCUACCGUUUUAAUUUUACCCAUGGAAUGAGAUGAAACGGUAGAGUGGAUUGUUAUCUAAUUAUUUAUUUAUUUUUAUAAAAUAUAGCCAUAAGAACAAUAAAUUGACAAUAUAAUUUUUGUUA